GUAACGAGAGUGGAUCUUUACCGAACGGACGGGUUUUUCGGUGUUGUCCGGAGUUUUUCUUUCGCCGUCUUCUUUCUGAUUGUCUUGGAAAAUAUAUCUUCUGUGUUCACAGUACGAUUGUACAUGUGAGCGUGUGUGUGCCGUGUGUUAGUGUGUGUGUCUGCUCCCUUCAAGUUUAAAAAAAGAAGUCGAAAAGUGUUUGGCUGCGGCAACACCACAACAACAACAACAAUAAUAACAACACAGUGUUGGAGUGUUUGUUGUUUUUGUGUAUAACAGAAAAUGUUUUUUGGAAACUGCGCGAAGUAGCAGCAGCAGCAAAAGGAGCUGUAACCAAAGCAUGUUCCACAGAGAUUAGCAGCAACAUGAGAGUGCCAGCUUGAACAGACGACCAAAAAAGUUAGGAACGAACUAAAGGAUCCGUAUCCACGUGGUCAACGCCUAUCUGUACACAUAGUCCAUAUACGACAUUUCUCUCUGUAGAAGGGAAAUUGAAAACGAAACGCUGAUUAUAAAUCGGAGCCGGAAGCGCUCUACUGGGACACGACCCCACAAAUCGACAGCGAGAGCGCGAGGAGAGAGAGAGAGAGAGCGUCAGAUUAAAGCGAGAUGUCGCCGCGCAGCGACGUUAUCGCGGUUUUCUUUGUGCUCGCCGUGGUGUUGUGCAGCCAGCUGGCGGCGACACAGCGACCACCACAGUCACCGCAGCACGGACGACGCGAUCGUCCCCGCAAUCCGCCUCGUCAAUAUGUCAAGACCCAUCCCUGUGAGCGUUCCUCCUGCUAUCCGGCGACGGGCAAUUUGCUCAUUGGACGCGAGAAUCGCUUGACGGCCAGUUCGACUUGUGGUCUGCAAUCUCCGGAGAGAUUCUGCAUUCUGUCACAUUUGGAGGACAAGAAAUGUUUCCUCUGCGACUCGCGCGAAGGAACGCGAAAUGAUCCGCACAAGAAUCAUCGUAUUGGUCAGAUCAUAUACAAAACGAAGCCAGGCACAAAUAUUCCCACCUGGUGGCAAUCGGAGAAUGGCAAGGAGAAUGCCACCAUUCAAUUGGAUCUGGAGGCCGAAUUCCAUUUCACCCAUUUGAUCAUCACCUUUACGACUUUCCGCCCGGCUGCCAUGUACAUUGAGCGCAGUUUCGACUUUGGCGCCACGUGGCAUGUGUAUCGCUACUUUGCCUACGACUGUGAGGAGUCUUUCCCGGGAGUUCCCACCGUGCUGCACAAUAUCACCGAUGUCAUGUGCACCUCGCGCUACUCGUAUGUGGAACCUUCGCGCAAUGGUGAGGUCAUCUUCCGUGUGUUGCCGCCCAACAUCAAUGUCUCGGAUCCGUAUGCGGAACAUGUGCAGAAUCAACUCAAAAUGACCAAUCUGCGUAUUCAGAUGACCAAGUUGCACAAGCUCGGUGACAAUUUGUUGGACAAUCGGUUGGAGAACGAGGAGAAAUACUACUAUGGUAUCUCCAAUAUGGUGGUGCGUGGUUCCUGCUCCUGUUACGGUCACGCCUCGCAAUGUUUGCCUCUGGACAAUGUCAUCACACAGGACUACGAGAUGGUGCACGGACGUUGCGAGUGCACGCACAACACGAAGGGUUUGAAUUGCGAGUCUUGCGAGGACUUCUACAAUGAUUUGCCAUGGAAACCGGCGUUUGGCAAGCAGACGAACGCGUGUAAGAAAUGCGAGUGCAAUGGUCAUGCGGUUAGCUGUCACUUCGAUGAGGCUGUCUUCAUUGCUUCGGGUCAUGUGUCCGGUGGCUUCUGCGACAACUGUUUGCACAACACCCAGGGUCAGCAUUGUGAGGCCUGCAUGCCAUUCUUCUAUCGUGAUCCGCUUGAACCGUUGAGCAGUCCCCAUGUCUGCAAACCUUGCGAUUGUGAUCCCAAUGGCGCAUUGGAUGAAGGCAUCUGUGAUUCGGUCCUCGAUCCCGCGGAUGUGGCGGGCGCUUGCCAUUGCAAGGCUAAUGUGAAGGGACGACGUUGUGAUCAGUGCAAGGAUGGCUUCUGGCAUCUCAAUCCCCUGAAUCCCGAGGGCUGCGAGGCUUGCACUUGCAAUACGCUGGGCACCGUGAACAACUCUGGUUGCAACAUGCAUACUGGCGAAUGUCGUUGCAAGCGUUUGGUCACCGGCAAGGAUUGUAAUCAAUGUCAACCGGAAACUUUCGGUUUGUCCGAGUCCGAGGAUGGCUGCACGCUGUGUAACUGCGAUCCAGGUGGCUCUUAUGACAGCUUCUGUGAUGUGCUGACGGGACAAUGUCGCUGCCGCUCUCACAUGACGGGACGCACUUGCUCGCAGCCCAAGCAGAAUUACUUUAUACCCUAUCUGCCUGUGGUGCACGAUGCCGAGGUGUCCGAGAUGUGUGUCUCCUAUAGCAAUAAUGCCAACUGCAGCAUUGUAACACAGCCAACUGGCAACACCAACAGUCAAGACGAGGACUUUACGGGCAUCGGUUACAAGCGUGUGGGCGAGAACUCCCAGAUGGUCAUCAAUUCGGAUAAUAUACCACGCUCCAUGCCCUACGAUGUGCUUAUACGCUAUCAGUCCACAUCACGUGGCGACUGGGAGGGUGCCUACAUUACACUGGUGCGUCCCGACGAAAUCGAUCCUCAAGGUGAAUGUGCCCAGCUAGUGGCGGGACCCGUGACUGAGGCACGCGUGCCAUUCACGCUGCCAGAACGCGAUCGUCAGGUGGUGGCAAUGCAUGACGUGUGCCUUGAAGCGGGCAAGGUGUACAAGUUUAGGAUCUUCUUUGAGCGCCGACGUAACAACGAGGACAAUCCUACGGCCACCAUACUGAUUGAUUCGCUGACGCUGAUACCCAAAAUCGAAGUGACACCCAUUUUCCAUGGCUCGCCAAUUGCAGACUUGCGUUUGAGAGAAUACAUCAACAAGAACUGCAAUCAGUCGCUGUACGACAUUCGCUACAGGGGACAGGCGCCUGAGGUGUGCCGGGAUCUUGAGCAGGAUGUGAGCAAGUACAUUUAUGAUGGCGCUAGCAUGUGUAAUUGCAAUCCCACCGGUUCGCUGAGCAAGGAAUGCGAUGCCAAUGGCGGCUUUUGUCAUUGCAAACCGCAUGUUGUGGGCAGACAGUGUGAUCAAUGUGCUCCCGGCACUUAUGGCUUUGGACCCGAGGGUUGCAAGGCUUGCGAUUGUAAUAGUAUUGGCAGCAAGGAUAACAAUUGUGAUCUACUCACCGGACAAUGCGCCUGCCAUCCCAAUACGUAUGGCAGGGAGUGUAAUCAAUGUCAGCCGGGCUAUUGGAACUUCCCCGAGUGUCGCGUCUGCGAGUGCAAUGGACAUGCGGCGCUGUGUGAUGCUUUAACUGGACAAUGUUUGAACUGCCAGGACUCGACGACUGGUUUCAAUUGCGAUGCCUGUCUGGAUGGGUACUAUGGCAAUCCUUUGUUUGGCAGCGAGAUCGGUUGUCGUGCCUGCCGUUGUCCUGAUACCAUUGCCAGCGGUAUGUCGCAUGCCGACAGCUGUUCGCUGGAUACACGCAACAACAACAUGUUCUGUCAUUGCCAGGAUGGUUAUUCAGGACCCCGUUGCGAGAUCUGUGCGGACAACUACUAUGGCACACCCGAAGAUGGCGGCAGUUGCCAGAAAUGCGACUGCAGCAACAACAUUGAUCCCUACGAAACGGGCAAUUGUGAUCGUCAGACUGGAGCCUGCGUCAAGUGUUUGUACGACACGACUGGGGAUCAUUGUGAGCUGUGUCGCGAUGGCUUCUUUGGUGAUGCUUUGCAGCAGAAUUGCCGUCAAUGUGAAUGCGAUUUCCUGGGUACAAACAAAACGUUGGCACAUUGUGAUCGUCACACUGGUCAGUGUCCUUGCCUGCCCAAUGUGGAGGGUUUACACUGCGGCAAGUGUGCCUUGAACCACUGGAAGAUUGGCUCCGGCGAGGGCUGCGAGGCCUGCAAUUGUGAUGCCAUUGGCGCCGUCGAGGAGCAGUGCCAUGUCUUCACCGGUCAGUGUCAGUGCAAGGACGGCUUUGGCGGACGUGCGUGCAAUCAGUGUCAGGAACAUUACUGGGGCAAUCCCAAUGAGAAGUGCCAGCCUUGUGAGUGCGAUCAGUAUGGCUCAGCGGACUAUCAGUGCGAUCGGGAGACAGGUCAGUGCAUUUGUCACGAAGGCAUCGGUGGCUACAAGUGCAACGAGUGUGCCCGUGGCUAUCUCGGACAGUUCCCGCAUUGUGCGCCUUGCGGCGAAUGCUUUAACAAUUGGGAUUUGAUCUUGAAUGCCUUGGAUGAGUCGACACAAGCCACAAUUCAGCGUGCCAAGGAGAUUAAGCAAGUGGGUGCCACUGGUGCUUACACCGCUGAGUUCAGUGAGCUGGACAAGAAACUGCAACACAUUCGCGAUCUGCUGCAGAAUACCACCGUCAGUUUGCAGGACAUCAAUCAACUGGAUGCGGCAGCCAACGCAUUGAAGCUUCAACUCCAAGCGCAACAUCAGCGUUUGAGCGAAACGGAAUUGAAUUUGGAUGACAUCUACAAUUCGCUGAGUUUGUCCGCUGUUGAGCUGGAAGGUUUGCAGAAUCAUUCACGUCUUGUGCAAAAGCUUUCGAAGGAGCUGAAGGAGAAUGGCAUUCAACUACAAGAGUCCAAUAUUGAGGGUGCAUUGAACUUGACGCGUCAUGCUUAUGAGCGUGUAAGCAGCUUGUCCGCCCUGAAGGAUGAGGCCAAGGAACUGGCGUCCAAUACGGAUCGCAAUUGCAAACGCGUCGAAACAUUGUCGAACAAGAUCAAGGAUGAAACGGAUGCCAUUGCCAAUAAUGACAAAACGAUUGCUGAGUAUCGCAAUGAGUUGAGCAUGUUGAGUUCGCAGAUUCCAGACUUGAACAACCAAGUUUGCGGCAAGCCAGGAGAUCCUUGUGAUGCUUUGUGUGGCGGCGCUGGUUGCGGCAAGUGCGGUGGUUCCUUCUCCUGUGAGCAUGGUGCCCAUGCGCAUUCAGGUGAGGCGCUCAAGGUGGCCAAGGACACCGAGGAGGCCAUCACCAGCAAAAAGGAUGCGGCUGAUCAAACAAUACGCGCUCUAACGCAAGCCAAGUUGAACGCUUCGGAGGCUUACCAGAAGGCCAAGCUUGGCUUUGAGCAAUCCGAGCAGUAUCUGAAUCAAACAAAUGAUGCCAUCAAACUGGCCACCAAAUUGAUCCGUGAUGUCGAAGAUUUCCGUCAGAACACAACUGCAUUGCCAAGCGAAAGCAAGCAGCUGGCACAGGAUACGUUGCUUCUCGAUUUGACGCUGGAUCCCAAGGAAAUUGAUUCGCUGGGCAAUAAGAUUAAUGAUGCUGUCAGCUCGCUGAAGAAUGUCGAGUCCAUAAUCUACAAGACGCGACCGGAUUUGGAGCGUGUCAAUACGCUAAAGUCGCUGGCGAAUGAAACGAAAGAGACGGCUGACAAAAUACUGGAGACGGCCAAUUCAGUAGUGGAGAAUUUGGCAUCAGCAAGCGUGUCGCAAGGCAAGGCACAGGAUGCCAUACAGCAGGCGAAUAGCAACAUUGAGCUCGCUGACAAGGAUCUGGAGCAAAUCGAUCUGGAGACCAAGGAGGCCGAGUCCCCGGCACAGGUCACCGCACAACAGGUGGCUGAUUUGGCAACGAAGAUGAAGCGUCUAGAGAAGAAUAUACUGAAGAACGAACUGGACGCCAAAGAGAUAACCAAAGAGGCGACGCGUGUCAAGCUCGAUGCGGGACGUGCCCGGGAGGAGGCCGGUAAUCUGCAGUCCUCGACCAGUGCCACCAAUCAAACUUUAACGGAUCGUGCCAGUCGCUCGGAGAAUGCCCGAGAGCGCGCCAAGCUUUUGCUGCAAAGGGCCUCCAAGCUGACAGUGGACACCAACGAGAAGCUGAGCGAACUGAAUGUGAUGCAGGAGACGUAUCUGCAGAAGAAUCAGAAGUUAAUCGAGCUGCAGAAUGCCGUACAGGAUUUGAAUGCCAAUCUAGACACUUAUCUGCAUAACAUUCAGGAAAAUGCCGACCGCUAUCGUCAGUGCACCAUCUAAAAUCAGUGAAGUUAGUAGUUGCACCACCUAAAAAAGUGAGCUGCCUUCAGCUUUGCUGCUCCAAUCAUUUAUUUUUGCCAUAUUUCAUGAACAAAUUUGCGCAUCGCAAAACAACGAAUUGAAGAUCAAGAGGAACUAACUACAAUUAAAACAAGAAAAAUAAGUGUAACCGUUACGUUUUUUGUCUGUACUCUUAAGCAAAUGCAAAAACAAUGUUAACUCACUGCAAAAAUGUUCAUUUUUAAAAUUACGCAAUUUUUUUCUCUAUCGAGAGUCGGUGUGUACACACUGAACGACGUUUUUUUAUUUCUACCUUUUAAAAACAACAAAACAAAAACAAAAGCAAUAUUUUGCGUGUAAUGCAAACAACUAAAUACAAUUACAAUUACAAAUAAAUAUAA